AUGAAGAAGGAGAUUGAAUUUCUCGAACUGAAGCAGGGAAAUUUGUCGGUUAUGGAGUACGCUGCUAGGUUCGUGGAACUAGAAAAGUUCUAUCCUCAUUAUAACGAGGCAACUGCUGAGUUUUCCAAGUGUAUCAAAUUUGAGAACGGGUUAUGCCCAGAGAUCAAUAAGGAAAUUAGAUACCAGGAGAUUUGUAAUUUUCCAGAUUUAGUAGAUAGUUGCAGAAUUUAUGAGGAGGACAAUAAUGCUCAUUAUAAGAUUAUAAAUAAGAAGAGGGGUAAGCAGCAACAGAACUGUGGGAAGCCUUAUGAUGCUCCAACUGGGAAGGGUAAACAGAAAGUUGCUAAGGGUAAUAGGACUAGUGGGGGAGAUGAUCAUACUGGUAUUGUGUGUUUCAAAUGUGGGAAGUCGGGUCAUAAAAGUAAUGCAUGUACUGGUGAUGUGAAGAUGUGUUUACGUCGUAGUAAAGUCGAGCAUGAAGUAGCUGAUUGUAAGCACAAAGAAUUGGGUCUUGUGUUGUCUUCUAUGAAUGGAGAGUCGGUCGUCGAUCCUCUAGCUAAGGGAUCGAUGACUACUUCUCUAGUGUGCUUGAAGUUUCCUUUGUCGAUCUUUGACGAAGACUUUGUUAUUGAUUUGUUAUCUGUUGAGAAUCGGGCUACAAUUGAUGAAUUGCAGGUGGUACGUGAGUUUUGUGAAGUUUUUCCCGAUGAGAUUCCCGAUGGACCGCCAAAGAGAGAAAUUGAAUUUGCUAUUGAUCUUGUCCCUGGUACCAGAACUAUCUCCAUGGCACCAUACAGGAUGUCAGCAUCUGAGUUGGCAGAGUUGAAGAAGUAA